AGAGUGAAAACGCAGAGAGUCUGGGUCGAGUGAGAGGCGGCAAGCUGCUCCGCGCCCUCGUUGGAGUAAAAAGUAACUGGAGAUUUCAUUUUCCUGGGAAGUUAGCGACAGCUGGUGUUGGACUGGACGUGCACUUGGGAUUGGAUAGUGCCUCCCUGUUUCCUCUUCCUCCUGUCCUGAAGUCCACGUCCGCACUCAUAAUUUGCUAUGUGUGUGUGCGGCUCGUACUGUGGCUAAGUACUGCGGCUCGUACAAUUUAUAGUCAUCGUUCGUCGGAAGGGCACACAAUCGCUAAUCGCAUUGCCAAUUCAGUCGGUGCCUCCCACCACCUUUUCGACGUUGUAGAACGUGGACGAAACGUCGGCGGGAGCGGGCAUAUUUGGCAAUCCACGGGAGAUUUGAUUCCAUUUGACUCUACGUCAGUUGUUUCUGUUUUUUCUGUGUUUUUUUUCCUGCCUCUGUGUGUCUGCGAGCGUGUAUCCAAGAGAGAGAGAGAGAGAGAGAGAGAGAGAGAGAGAGAGAGAGAGAGAGAGGUGGAUUGAGUGAGGCUGACGUGGCAGGAGUUGGGAACAGGACGACGGGCUGGGGCUGGCAGAGAGAGAGCCAAAAGCCAGCCUGACUGGGUGAGAGGAAGUCGGGGAGGGUACCCGAAGUGGAGGGGGGCACGAGUAGGAGGAGGUCGUUAGGGGAAGGAGGAGAGCAUUGCGGGCACACCACACUGGAAAGCCAGGCGAAAGGGAAGGAGAUCGUUUUGAGCGAGUACAGCAUGGACGCUGACGUGGAUAUGGAUGACGUACCGAGCUCAGAGGAAGAAACCAGCGACAUCGAUACAGGAUCAUGGAGCGACGAUGAAGAUAUGCCGGCUCCGCAGGCACUGUACACUAUAUUAUCGGAGAAGGAUAUAAAGGACCGGCAAGCGGAAGCAAUAGACAACGUUUGGACAGUGCUGUCGGUGUCGAAAACGGAUGCGGGCAUUCUGCUGCGGCAUUUUAAAUGGAGUGUAAGUAGGGUGAAUGAUGCGUGGUUUGCAGACGAAGCAAGAGUGCGAGAAACGGUGGGACUCAUCGAAUGGUCGGUGGAGGGAGAUGCGUAUGAUGGAGCGAACAAGCUCACGUGCUGGAUAUGCUUUGACACGCUUCCGCGAGAGGACAUGAAGGCGCCAGUUUGCCGGCAUUAUUUUUGUGAAAGUUGCUGGACAGGCUACAUUCACACUGCGAUCAACGACGGACCGGGGUGCCUCACAUUGAGGUGCCCGCAUUCGACCUGUAGUGCUGCAGUUGGAGAAGACAUGGUUCUGUCGCUUGCAUCGGAGGAGGAUGCCCAAAAAUAUCACCGCUAUCUGUUGAGGUCUUACGUCGAAGAUAAUAGAAAGGUGAAGUGGUGUCCUGCCCCUGGAUGUGAAUUUGCCGUGGAACUGAUUCCAGGAAGCACAGUCUAUGAUGUCACCUGCAAGUGCGGUCAUCAGUUUUGCUGGAAUUGUUUGGAGGAGGCGCAUCGACCGGUGGACUGUGACACCGUAGCGAAAUGGAUUCUAAAGAACAGUGCCGAGUCCGAGAACAUGAACUGGAUUCUGGCCAAUUCCAAGCCAUGCCCGAAGUGCAAACGGCCUAUUGAGAAGAAUCAAGGGUGUAUGCAUAUGAGCUGCACGCCUCCAUGCAAAUACGAGUUCUGCUGGCUUUGUCUUGGGGCAUGGAGCGAGCAUGGAGAGCGAACAGGUGGUUUCUAUGCCUGCAAUCGGUAUGAGAUUGCUAAGCAAGAAGGAGUGUAUGAUGAGGCGGAGAGGAGGAGAGAAAUGGCGAAAAAUUCUCUCGAGAAGUAUACUCAUUAUUAUGAGCGGUGGGCUACAAAUGAGUCGUCCCGAGUCAAGGCAAAGGAAGACUUGAUCAAGCUGGAAAAGGAGAAGAUUGAGGACUUGAGCAAUAAGCAAUGCCAGCCGGUUUCACAGUUGAAGUUUGUUGCCGAUGCUAUGGCUCAGGUGGUCGAGUGCAGGCGUGUUCUGAAGUGGACGUAUGCGUACGGCUACUACCUAAAGGUGGAGGAGCAAGGAAAGCGUGAUUUUUUCGAGUACCUCCAAGGGGAGGCAGAGCAUGGGCUUGAGAGGUUGCAGGAAUGCGCAGAAAAGGAUUUGAAGGACUUCCUGCAAGCAGAUGGGCCGAAAUCGAACUUCAACGAGUUCCGCACAAAGCUUGCCGGCCUGACAAGUGUGACUCGCAUAUACUUCCAGAACCUUGUAAGGGCUUUAGAGAAUGGUCUCUCGGACGUUGAUCCCGCACCCAGUCCUUCAAGGUCUGGGAGCUCGAAGGGCAUUGGCUCCAGCAAGUUGACGGUGAGCAAAUCGCUCAAUGGGAGUAGAAGAGGGAGCGCAUCGGGCUCGGCGUCGCGAAGGACGGGGGGGGGGGAUGAGCCAGAAUAUUGGACAUGUGGUCGUUGCACGUAUGGGAAUCCGAUGGCAGCUGAAGUCUGUGACAUGUGCCAAAAUGUUCGGGGAUUGUGAAAAAGUGUGGGAGAUUGACGAUGCUGUGUGAUUGUGGACUUAGGUGUAGCAGCACUCGCAGGUUGUCAUGGAAGUAAAGGGGAGGGAGGAAACGCAUUGGUUGGCUGGGUGGGGUAUAUGAAGUGAGGAAGUCGCUGAGGACGAGCUUUUUUCGUGAUUUCAUCGUCAAAAGAGAGACCGGUCAUCGCAAGUGAGUGGCAGUGCAGGGUUCACAUGCUGAAGUGAUCGGUGUCCGGUAUAUGAAGGCCUUAGUCGAGGGGGUGCAAGAAGGGCAUAUGCCAAGCACUGGAAGUGGCAAUGGAAGAAACAAAACCUGGUGAGUCGAGGAGGACGAGGCGAAGAGCUCAUUGUUUUGGAUUCAUUCCGGCAUUCCCUGUGCACAAAUCUGCAGAAACCCCCACAUUUCACCAGAUGACUAUGUGAGUUCGUCCCGGGAGAGUAGUUGCAUGUACAGAAUCCAGGCGGGUGCAUGAUUCCCUCGCCUCAGCAAUGGUGCUUGUCGUGUACCCUACGGAGGUGUGGAUCGUAAAAUGGAGAGGCGAAAUGAGUAACUUCAGUGAAAGGUGGGUGGUGGGCAGGAGGCCACAUACAUACCCGUCCCCCCCCCUCCAUGAUCUGUUCCAAUCCCUAACUGCCAGCGGUUUGAGCCCAUAUCCCAUGUCGGGUUUGCUUAUACGGCGGUCCAAGCAUUCUUCGACUUCGCUACUUCUCAUAUGCCUGGGCUGCCGUGCAGGCCUGAAGGGUGAAUUACUUGAUCGCUUUCCUGUUUGGUGUGCGGUUGUGGCGAGUGUGCUCUGCAGGUAAAGGCCUGUUGUGUAUAUUGUGUCAAGAAUUCGUGGAGAAUUUGGAAGCGGAAGGGGGGAGGGGGAGGGGGAGGGGGGAGGGGGAGGGAGGGGGGGAAUGGUUGGGGAGAGGGGGGCGAGAUAAGGGAACACGCACAUCGGAGCAGAUGAUGGUAGGUGUUUUGGCAGGCUGUCCUGCUCCGCGGUGACGAAGACGGAUGUGGUAGGUGGGCAGGGACUUGCCUUGCCUAUCUAUACCUUGCCUUGCCUUGUGGUUGGGGGGGGGGGGGGGGGAAAUAUUAUCCCUCAACGAGGGGCAGUGGCGCAGCAGCAGGAUGUACGUGUGUUUCGCGCCCUUUAGUCCAUUUAGAGGAGGAAUAUCCUCUUGAUUUGCUUGCUUGCUUGCUUGCUGUUUAACGCCGAUCGCAUUGUACAAGAUGCUUAGGUUGUGCAGGUAUGUGUAAACUUCUUCAUUUCCAGGUCACAGGUUUGAUUGAGGUUCCGGUGAGGUUCCGGAAUCUAUGACAGGGCAGGGAGAAUGAACAGAUUCUAUGUGAGGAGGGGGGCAGUCGUAACCCUUCUGUAAUAACUGGCUAUGGACAUUAUGAAAUUAUGACGGGAGGAGUUGCUUAGUUGAUCGUGGUAGGCAGGGGUGCCGUGGGUUGCACCUGGGGUUCCUUUCAUGUUGCUAUGUUGAAAAGUGGAGGGGGAGAGAGAGAGAGAGAGAGAGAGAGAGAGAGUUACUGGACUGGUGAAGGAAAGAACGGAUAGAACACGCUGCAGUGGUGUGAAAGCGACUGUCGGUGCCUGAUGCCUGAUCGUGCAUUGAUGAUGGGGCAUGAAUUGGACGAGUUGCAGGUUCCAGUAUCAUGUGGCGAAUUGCAAACUGUGGUUUGUGUGUUUUCUCCAGUCUCUUACACAAAGGAACACAGUAGCAGUGCCAAGAUUGGAUGGACCAGGGAUCGGGAGCGAGUGAACAGGGGGCAAGUGUGUGUGUGUGUGUGUGUGUGUGUGUGUGUGUGUGUGUGUUUUAUAGUUGGUGGGUGUGGGUGGAAGGGGAGAGACAAGAAGGAAAGGAUGAAGGGAGGGGGGGGGGGGGGGGAGUGGGAAAUGAGAGGAAGAGGUGAUUUUGGUGCUCCUCAUUAUGCAGACUUGUUUCAUUCUGUUGUGUACUAGUUGCUCCUCAAGGAUGCUGUUCCUAAAAG